GUCAUAUGACUUAGGACGAUGGCUGCGCCGGACGGUGCGCUCCUGUGUCUCUGCUUCAUUCUCCUCUGUCCUGGGAUCCUGGGGGAUGAGGAUUCGACCCCAAGAUGUGGGUACCAGGCCUGUCCUGCUGUCAAGCCUGAGAUGCUCAAUGUUCACCUGGUGGCCCACACUCAUGAUGAUGUGGGCUGGCUAAAGACAGUGGAUCAGUACUAUUACGGAGGCAAGACAGAGAUCCAGCGCGCUGGGGUACAGUACAUCCUAGACUCUGUCAUCCCACAGCUGCAGGCUGACCCGAGCAAGCGAUUCAUCUACGUGGAGAUCGCCUUCUUCUAUCGCUGGUGGAAGCAGCAGACGGAGGCAGUGAAGAGCGUGGUGAAGCAGCUGGUCAACGAAGGUAGGCUGGAGUUUGUAAAUGGGGGCUGGUGCAUGAAUGACGAGGCGACCACCCACUACAGUUCCAUCAUCGAUCAGAUGACCCUGGGCUUCCAGUUUCUCAACGAUACUUUUGGAGAGUGCGGGCGUCCCCGUGUAGCCUGGCACAUCGACCCGUUCGGACAUUCCAGAGAGCAAGCUUCCCUGUUCGCACAGAUGGGAUUCGACGGCCUUUUCUUUGGCCGCAUUGAUUAUCAGGACAAAAAUAUCAGAAAGAAUCUCCGAGAGAUGGAAAUGGUGUGGAGAGCCAGCGCCAAUCUCCCAAAACCAACUGCUGAUUUGUUCACAGGUGUCCUCCCCAAUGGAUACAACCCUCCUAGGAUGUUGUGCUGGGAUGUCCUUUGUUCAGAUGAGCCCAUCAAAGAUGAUAAAGAUUUGGAUGAGUAUAAUGUGGAUGAAAUUGUGUCAUACUUCCGACAAGUUGCGCACGUACAGGCAAAGCAUUACAGAACCAAGCACAUCAUUAUGACCAUGGGAUCGGACUUCCAAUUCCAAGAUGCAAACAUGUGGUACAAGAACCUGGACAAGCUCAUCAAAUACGUGAAUGCUGCGCAAAGCUCCGGGAGUAACGUCAAUGUGCUCUACUCCACCCCCUCCUGCUACCUGCACGAGUUAAACAAGGCAAACCUCACCUGGUCGGUCAAGACCGAUGAUUUCUUCCCAUAUGCAGACGGUCCUCAUCAGUUCUGGACGGGUUACUUCACCAGCCGCCCUGCCUUGAAGCGAUAUGAGAGGAUGAGCAACAACUUCCUACAAAUCUGUAAUCAGUUGGAGGUCCUGGCAGCUUCAAAGGCUCAAAACGGUCCUUAUGGUGUUGGAGACAGCUCUGUAUUGAGGAAGGCGAUGGGGGUGGCUCAGCAUCACGAUGCAGUCUCUGGGACAGAGAAGCAGCACGUUGCGAAUGACUACGCCAAGAGACUCUCCAAAGGCUGGGAUCGGUGUGAGGUGCUCAUAAGUAACGCACUGUCAAGUCUCAGUGGAUCCAAGCAGGAUUUUGUCUUCUGUAACAAACUCAACAUCAGUGUCUGUCCUCGAAUCGAAGAGCUUAGCAAUUUCACAGUCACUCUGUACAAUCCCCUGGCCAGGGCAGUGAGGACAUACGUGCGACUACCUGUCAAUGGCACAAAGUACAUCGUCUCUGACCCAAAAGGCAGCUCAGUGCUAAACGAGGUUGUUGCCGUGUCAAACUUCACGAAAGCGCUGCGGAAGAACCGUGGCUACGCAGUGAACGAGCUGGUGUUUGAGGCCUGGGUUCCAGCUUUGGGCUUUAGCACUUACGACGUGUCCAGGAAGCCGGAGAGGUUCACGUUCCGCAGACUGGUCAGGUCGUUGGGUGAGCUUCAGGACGAGAGAACGAGCACCCUGUUCAUUGAAAACAAUUAUGUCCGAGUGUCAUUUGACAAGAACACCGGUCUGAUCAGUGCCAUUGAGAACCUGCACAAGAAUCUUACGCUACCUGUUACACAAAAUUUCUACUGGUAUCACGCCAGUGUAGGCAACGAGCAAAGCAACCAAGCCUCGGGUGCCUACAUUUUCAGGCCAUACCAAGAAGAACCUUUACCAAUGUCUAAGAUCGUGAACACAUACACAGUACAGACAGAGUUAUUUCAGGAAGUUUAUCAGAACUUCUCGUCGUGGUGCUCACAGGUAGUCAGAUUGUACAAAAAGCAGAAGUUUGUGGAACUGGAUUGGACUGUUGGACCGAUUCCUGUGUCUGACCUAGUUGGCAAAGAAGUCAUCAGCCGUUUUGACACAUCCUUAAAAACAAGUGGAACUUUCUACACAGAUUCCAAUGGGAGAGAGAUCCUAAAACGAAGGAGAAAUUAUCGACCAACAUGGCCAUUAAAUCAAACCGAGCCAGUGGCUGGGAACUACUACCCUGUGAAUAGUCGUAUCUACAUGAAGGACGGCAAGAUUCAGCUGACUGUGCUGACUGACCGAUCGCAGGGAGGGAGCAGCAUUGCAGAUGGUUCAUUAGAGCUUAUGGUUCAUCGGAGGCUGCUGCAGGACGAUCAGAGAGGUGUGGGUGAGCCACUGUCGGAGCCUGGCUUCGAUGGGAAGGGUCUGAUGGUGCGAGGGAAGCACUUCGUCUUCCUCGAUACAGUUGAGGACUCUCCAGAGCUCCAGCGGCUGAAGGCCGAGGCAGAGUACAUGGCUCCGCUGGCAGUUAUGGGUGUGGGCUCAGAGGCACCCUACAACGAACACCAGGCUCCCAUUAAGGAGUUCUCGGCCCUGAAGGAGGAGCUUCCCCACAACGUCCACCUCCUCACCCUGGCUCAGUGGGACUCCGAGUCCAUCAUUCUACGCCUGGAGCAUCAGUUUGAACAAAGCGAGAGCAAAGUCUACUCCAAGCCCCAGACCGUGAAUUUGGCACAUUUGUUUUCUGCAUUUGAGAUCACAUCCGUGGAGGAAAUGUCUCUGGGUUUCAACCAGCAGAAGAAGGACAUGUCCAGGCUCACCUGGAAUACUGCACAAGAGAAGGAUGGCUCCAACUCGUUCUCCAGCCAUAACAGUACCUCCGAGCACACUGUGACUCUUCAUCCAAUGGAAAUCCGCACCUUUCGUGUUCGCAUUCGCCAGGGCUAACCACCUUUGGCUAACUAGGACCGAGAAUACUGCAAGAAUGAGCCAAACAGGCACAUGACAUUCCUGAAUCAAUCCACACUGGGUCUUUUAACCUUGGCUGGAUAGUGCCUUCCACUGCUCCAAUGCCUCCCUAUUAGCAAGGGCUGGGCCUUUUUUUAAAAGUUCCUGCACUUCUUAAUCCAUACUUCGUGGAUUUGGCUUCUAUUGGCACAUUUUAAAGGGGUCAGUCAGUCACCUAACUGAUUUUGGAAUAUAAUUGGCAUCUUACACCUUGGAGCAGCUACCCUCUUACUUGCCUCCUUUUUAUUUCAAUGGUUAAGGGAAAAUAACAAGAAGCAAUCAGGUAAUAUUUUGGAUCCAUUCCCGUUCAGUACUCUUUUCCUCCACAUCCACGAACCCACGCGCCAGCCUUUCUGUUACAAGGAGGGAGGAUUUUGUGUUCUUAACCUUUUGGGGCAGGUUAACAGUCAUUUUAGGCCAAACAAAGAUUCUAUAAGUGUGCAAUAUACCUUUUCCAAAAUGUGCCCUUGGUUAAGUGCAUCCAUGCAAAAUCUUUGCUAUAUCAAGGGGUACAAAGUACAAGGUUCCUUCCUCCCUUUAACAAAUCCUUUGCUGGAACCCUGAAAACAACAAAUGCAUUGUGGCUGAACUGACCAGACAAUCAUUAACCUUUUUUUCCCCCCUCUACCAGCCCCACCCCAAUAAAAUGAAGGGAGUCUGUAUAAUUCAGAUUAAAGCAUCUGGGAGACUGUGCAAUAGGUUUUUAAAUUCCUGGUGACCACUUUUAUACAGAAAGUCCCAUUUGAAUCCAAUAAUGAAGAAAGAUAGAUUUGGUCAAAGUAUUGUUUAACUUGGGUAUUAAUGCAAGAGUCAAAGCAUGGAAACACUAGUAUAAGAAGUAGGUGAAACUGCCCAUCAGCUAAUUGUGCCCCCUACUCAAGUGACAUAAAACAGAUGUUCCCAAUGUGUGGUUCUUGUGCACUCUGAGGAUAUCUGGGGAAAACCAGGCAAUGGUGGGAGUUGGAGAGAAGGGAACAUGGGGGAAAUAUUGUCUGGCAAAUUAUUGGCAUUUAAGGGACUAAAUGUGCUGGGAGAGAUACAAGGAUUUGAAUGGAAGGGGGCAACCACUAAAAUGUGACAGCAUCGAACAUGAAGUGUAAAUUUGUACCUUGUUUUUAAACAAAGGCCAUAAAAAUUAACGAAAUAAACCUCAGGUCGACACGUACCAGUGCAAGUAUUUUUUU